AUGGAAUCUCUAAGCGUUGCCGAAGGUAACCAAACUACAGUUCCCGCGCUUUCGUACUAUUCGAAUACUGUCCUUGGUAAUAUGAACAACCAGGAUGUAGUCACCGGGCUCCUAAUAGGACUGGUUAUUGGUGUUGCCAUGCUGGUACUCCUGCUUGGCAUUCUCCUGACCUUGUUCCUUCUUGGAACCCGAUCUGCUUCAAUCUUUUCUGCCGAUAAGCACAAACUGUCCAAGGUCACUGGACCCGGCGACUGCAGCUUUGGGCCACCUUCGAAUGCCUACCGGGAAGAGCAACUAUCUUCACAACCGACAAUAUUACACCAGCCACCUGCAGACCUUCUUGUUCACCCAGUAUAUCGAAGUGGCUAUUGGCAGGGGAAUAGUCCAAAUCUAACGGCUAGCGAUAUUGAGCAAAUUAAAGUGCCCCAAUCUUUGAAACCGGGUCACUGGGAUGAUCUACAGUGGCUUACUGCCUCCGCCCUUCGACUAUGUCAAUGGGUAGACAUGGACGUUAGGGCGCUCGGCUGGGUGUAUGGAGUUGUAUUUGUAUCAAACAUGAAAUGA